AUGGCACCAAAGGAAUCACAAGAUGUAUAUGAAGGUACACAAGUCUCGACGACUGAGCAGCAGUUUCAGACGCGUUCGACGACACCCAAGAGGUCCAUUGCCACUGUCUCCUCCAUAUGCACCGAAGCUGCGUCUGCUUCAUGUGUACGACACAAGAAGCGACAGCGUAGCUCAUUCAUCUUGAACGAGUGUGAGAUCUCGUCGAAGAAGGUUAAGAAGCGUCUGCGCUGGUCCACUAUCACCAUCCACGAGUUUGGUGUCGGACUGGGUGGCAGCACUGUACCUGGCAAGGGUGGUCCGUCCAUUGGUCUGAGUGACAAGCCUGAAUUUACAUGGACUACUAAGGUGGGACAGAUGGCGGAGUGUGUUGAGGGCGUACAUCGCUUUACAUCCGACGAGCGUGUGCAAUUGUUGCAGAACGCUGGCGUGAGUGAGGGUAUGAUCCUGCGGUUCACGCGGGAAGCAAACAUCAUCAAUUGCUCACGUCGUAGAACGCUUGUGGAGGGUAUUGCCGAGCGCAAAGAAGCGAAGAAACAGCGUCGCUUGCAGAUUGAAUCGUCUCGCUCCGUGUUGGAGCGUCCGUGUUCCUCCUCUGUCCUCAAUCGCCCGCAUGUGAUCCCGAUCAAUUACGUGUAA